UUUCUCUGCAGCACCGUCUCGUCGGAAGCAGAACGAUGUGGCUCUUCACAGCGACCGCCGCUCUCCUCAAGCUCUACCUCUGCGGAAUCAAAGUCCUCAUCUACCAGAUGUUCAACAGAUCGUUCCAACUGCCAGUCUUGCCCAGGCAGAAGGGAAAGGUUGCCAUUGUGACUGGGGGUACGAGAGGAAUGGGGUUUGAGACAGCGAGACACCUGGCGAGCCUUGGCAUGCAUGUUAUCAUAGCUGGAAACGAACAGGAGGAAGGUGCCGCAGCCGUCAAGAAGAUUCAGGAAGAGAGAAGCGAAGGCAAAGCCGAGUACGUCUUCUUGGAUCUGACCUCGCUGAAGUCAGUGAGACAGUUUGCCCAGAAAUUCAAAAGCCGAGGUCUCCCUCUCCACGUCCUGGUUAACAACGCUGGGACCAUGCUGGUUCCGGAGAGAACCACAGAGGACGGGUUUGAAUUCCACUUUUGCCUCAACUACCUGGGGCACUUCCUGCUGACCAACCUGCUGCUGGACUCCUUGAAGAGAUCCGGACGAGUGAACAACUUCUCGCGCAUCAUCAACAUGUCGUCGGCCACGCACUACGCCGGGUAUAUUCACAUGGACGACCUGAACAGAAGGGAGUUCUACACCGCUCAUGGAGCCUAUGCCCAAAGCAAACUGGCGCUGGUGCUCUUCAGCUACUACCUACAGGAGCAGCUGACAGGGGGAGGGUUCCCUGUGUCUGUCUACGCUGUGGAUCCCGGCAUGGUGGACACAGCUCUGUAUGAUAACCUGUGGACCCUCGCGCAGAUGCUCAAAAAACCCGUGGCCAAGAUUCUCUUCAGGACACCAGCAGAGGGCGCUUCGAUCAGCGUCUAUGCAGCAGCAGCGUCUGAGCUGGAGGGAGCGGGCGGUUGCUACCUGUACAACGGGGAGAAGGUGCAGUCCUCCGAAUAUUCCUACGACCUCGAGCUGCAGGCGGAGCUGUGGAAGAAGAGCUGUGAGCUGACGGGACUUUGAUACCAGAAAACAUAAAAACAGCCAGUCAAGUGGCACUUAUGGGGUUUCAAAUUUCCCUGGCUGCUGGAAGUAAGAACCUAGCACAUAUUUAAGUGCACUUAUGCCAAUAUGGAUUUUUCACUUCCAAAUUUAUUUACAUUAUUGUGCUUUUAUGAAGAAUGAUUGUUGACGAAGUUCAAUGUCAGUCAGUCUUAUAUGAGAUGCACUUAUAUCUUCCUGCCUUUUCUCAAUGUGUGUGUUUAAAUGUGUGAAAAUCAUUUUAACAAGAGUCUAUGAAGUUUUAAUCUCAGAUUUCAUGUGAAAUGCAAAAUAGAUUUAAUUUAUGAAGACUAAGAGAAUUACCGUCAGUAUUUACUUCAAUGUCUGUUUUAUUUCUGUCAUGAUUUACAAACAUGAUCCUGUACUGAAGGGUUAAUCUCUAUCAAUGCAUCUGUAUUCUAGCGCUCUGAGCAGUGUGUGUAUCUGUUCAUCCAUACUUAUGGGGACCAAUUAUUGACAAAACACCUCCUUGUGGGGACCUUUUGCUUUUAUGGGGACCAUUUGGCCUAGGGGUGUAAGAAAAUAUCUAUACGAUCAUAUUGCAAUACUUGAUUGCGCCGAUCGAUAUUUUGGUUGCAAUAUUACAAUAUUUGCAAUAAUAUAAUACAACAUUUUCUUGUCUGUACAUUGGAGUUAUUCUGUUGAUUAGCGAUACAUUCCUCUGGUGGAGUGUAAAAAUAAAAACUGAUGGUCUAACUGGACUGACGUUUUAUGGCAAUGUAUCGUAUCACCACUCCUAUGGAUGGUGAGGGUGAGAGGCUGGGGAAAGGCUUAUGGCAAUGAGAA